AUGUUGGAUUUUACUAAACCUAGUUUUGAAAGGGAAAUCUGGUCCUUGGAAUUGAAAUUUGAUGAUGAAAUGGGCUAUUUGGAAUUGAUUAUGUCACCUCUGGUCAGUCAUUAUGGUUUUUAUUUCUGGAUUAUGCUUAAAGAUUCAAACUUAAGCAGUUCCUGUGUCAUUUGCAUUCAAGAUUUCCAUGCCAUUUGCUACGAUUUAACCAACUCUAUGUUGAUUAUCUCUACUUACCCUAGUCUGCUUUUUCUGGAAAUAAUUUCCAUCCAUAUUAUAACUGGAUGGUUAUUUGUAUAA